AUGGAACCUGCGCAGCAACCACAGCUUGGAAGCAGAGAAACGCCGGCCCCGAUGAUCGGCAAGGGGGAGCGGCCGAGCAACUCGGGCCAGGCAGCCCCCGGCAUCGAGAACGGCAAUGGCAUAGGAGGACCCAGCCCGUUGGACGGGGGCAAAGGAACAGCCGCCGUCGCCGGAGCCGCGAGAACAGGGGUAGUAGUCGGCGGCCACCAUCGGCGAAGGAAACGAGGGGCCGCGGCCACCGGCUGCGGUGCUUCGUUGGCGCUAGCGGCCAACGGGACUCAAGCGGCGGCGGCGGCGGCUAUUCCCAGCAGCGGCGCCAACUCCCUCCUGUUGCGGAGAGGCAGACUGAAGAGGAAUCUCUCGGCGGCUUCUUCCCCCGCCGCUCCGAUCGCCGCUGCCACCGCGCUGGGGACCCGCAGCUUAGAUCGGAAGACCCUGCUUUUGCUGCCCAAGCCGCCCCGGCAGCUUCAGCCUCUCCAAGCCCCAGAGCGAGACUGGGUGCGGCGGGACCUACAGCGAGGAUGCGUCCAUGUCUACUAUUACUAUCACCAGCAGCAGCAGCAACAACAGCGGGGUAGCGGCGGCGGCGGCGGCUGCUCUCUGCUCCCCGUGCUUUGCAACCUGGAGACCACGGCUGCUGAAGUGGCGCUUCGGUUGCUGCAACUCGGACACCGGGGAGGAGGGAGUAGUAGCGCUGUCCGGGUUUGGGGGAAGGCGGCGGCCGCCAUGGCCGAGGCUCCGCUGCCCCCUAAAGAAGAGGAGGCGGCGGCAGAUGAUUUGCUUCUACAACCAUCGGCUUCUCUCGGCGGGAAAGAAGAGGCGCUGCCCGAGCCCGUGGAGGCUCCGACUUCUCCAGCGGGAAGUUUAACCCCGAUCCAAGUCGGGAGAAGGCCCCGAAGCCGUCGAGGGGCCCCCAACGGCUUGGGAGCUGGAGAGGCGGCGGUUGUCCGGCCCAGGCGCCUGGCUCUCAGUGGAGGAGAGAGCGGCCGGGCGAGUGGGCAGCCCAGCCUUUCCCCCUCCGACGGCAGCCCCGGACGGGCCUUUCCGCCGCCCCGCACCGAACUCUACCUGUCCGGCCCUCCGCUCUCUUGCCCGUCCCUCUUGGGAGGGUCGGAUACCGAGAGCUUCAGCCCCAGCGCCGAGAGCGCCUCCGACCGCCUGGAUCCUUAUAGCGGGGGCGGGGGCUCUUCGUCGUCUUCGGAAGAAUCGGAAGCGGAUCUGGCGCCUCCAGCCGCGGCGAAGGAAGAAGGAGCGGGAUCGGGGCCUGGAAGGAGCCAGCCACGCCGGCCGGGCGACCCGCUUUCGGUGCACAGUCCGGAAUCCCGACUAGGGAGAGCUUCGGGGGACUCCCCGGGCAAGGGGAAGGCUUUGCGGAGAAGUUCCUCUCCUGCUGGGGAAGCCGCCUCUCCGCAGCAGCCUCCGGCCUUGUAUGUCCAGCUCCACGGGGAGACCGCCCGCCGGCUGGAAUCGCACGAGAAGCCCCUGCAGAUUCAAAACGACUACCUCUCGCAGCUGGGCUUCCGGGACCUGUGGCGGGUGCAGGAGGAGGGCAUGGACUCGGAGACCGGCUGCCUCAUCCGUUUCUAUGCAGGAAAGCCCAACAGCACUGGCAACUCUGAACGGAUUCAGCUCUCAGGAAUGUACAAUGUUAGAAAAGGGAAAAUGCAUUUGCCGGUCAACAGAUGGACAAGACGCCAAGUUAUCCUUUGCGGGACGUGCCUAAUAGUAUCAUCGGUGAAAGAAAGCCAGACUGGAAAAAUGCACGUGCUCCCCUUAAUUGGUGGAAAGGUUGAAGAAGUUAAAAAGCACCAGCACUGUUUAGCAUUUAGCUCAUCUGGACCUCAAAGUCAGAGUUACUACAUCUGCUUUGACACUUUUACUGAGUACUUGCGGUGGCUUCGGCAAGCUUCAAAGAUUGCAUCCCAGCGAAUAAGCUCAGUGGACCUCUCAUGUUGCAGCCUGGAGGAUAUGCCUGUCAAUCUUUUUUAUAGCCAGGACCUCACUCAUCUCAAUUUGAAGCAAAAUUUCCUAAGGCUGAACCCUAGCUCAUCAAUGGUCAGAGGACUUGACGAUCUACAAAGGUUCAGUAAGCUGAGGAGCUUAAACCUUUCCAACAAUCAUUUAGGAGAUUUCCCUUUGGCGGUGUGCAGCAUUCCAACCUUAACCGAGCUCAAUUUGUCCUGCAAUGCACUCAGAAGUAUACCAGCAGCUGUUGGAGAUAUGAACAAUUUACAGACCUUCUUGUUGGAUGGGAACUUCCUCCAGAGCCUUCCAGCUGAGUUGGAAAGGAUGCAUCAGCUUAGUUAUUUAGGCCUCUCUUUCAAUGAAUUCGGUGACAUUCCUGACGUCCUGGAGAAACUUACUGCCAUGGACAAACUCUGCAUGUCUGGAAAUUGUAUGGAGACACUAAGUUUGCCAAUACUAAGGAAAAUGCCACACAUAAAACAUAUAGAUUUAAGGUUAAAUGUGAUUAGAAAGUUGAUGGGCGAUGAGAGUGACUUCCUACAUCAUGUGACCCAGCUCGAUCUUCGGGAUAAUAAGCUAGGAGAGUUAGAUGCAACCAUCUUCAAUAAUGUUGAAAUACUACACUGUGAAAGAAACCAGCUGGUAACCCUCAAAAUCAGUGGAUACUUACUUAAAGCUCUUUAUGCCACUUCAAAUGAACUUGUUCACCUUGAUGUGUAUCCAGUUCCAAAUUAUCUAACUUAUUUGGAUGUUUCUAGAAAUCACUUGGAGAGCCUUCCAGAAUGGGUUUGUGAUAGCCGAAAGUUAGAAGUACUGGAUCUGGGCCACAAUCACAUACGUGAACUUCCCUCUAGGUUAUUUUGCAAUAUCAGCUUGCGAAAAUUACUUGCUGGACACAAUCAGUUGGAAAGACUACCAGAGAGGAUUGAACGAACUCAUGUGGAAGUCCUGGAUGUGCAACACAACCAACUUGUGGAGCUGCCAUCUAAUCUGCUGCUAAAAGCUGAUAGCUUAAGGUACUUGAAUGCUUCUGCCAACAAACUGGAAAUGUUACCUCCAGCCACUCUUUCAGAGGAGACCCAUAGUAUUUUACAAGAACUUUAUUUGACCAACAAUCACCUCACAGAUAAAAGUGUCCCCUUGUUAACCGGUCAUCCUCACCUAAAGAUACUACAUAUGGCCUAUAAUCGCUUGCAAAGCUUUCCCGCAAGUAAAAUGGCCAAACUUGAAGAGUUGGAAGAAAUCGACGUUAGUGGCAAUAAGCUGAAAUCCAUUCCAACAACGAUCAUGAAUUGUCACCGCAUGCAUACUGUGAUUGCCCACUCCAAUUGCAUCGAAGUCUUUCCAGAAGUCAUGCAACUUGGCGAGAUCAAGUGUGUGGAUCUGAGCUGUAACGAGUUGGCUGAAGUCACGUUGCCUGAAACCUUGCCUCCGAAGCUGCAGGAACUAGACCUGACUGGAAACCCCAGGCUAGUUCUGGAUCACAAAACCUUGGAGCUGCUGAAUAAUAUUCGUUGUUUCAAGAUUGACCAGCCUUCUGCCGGAGACGCCUCUGGAGCCCCAGCCGUGUGGAGCCAUGGUUACACGGAAGCAUCCGGAGUUAAGAACAAGCUAUGUGUGGCAGCUCUUUCCGCCAAUAACUUCUGUGAGAACAGGGAGGCCCUCUAUGGAGUCUUUGAUGGGGAUCGCAACGUGGAAAUACCCUACCUUCUACAAUGUACCAUGAGUGAUAUCUUGGCAGAAGAGCUGCAGAAAACCAAGAAUGAAGAGGAGUACAUGAUCAACACUUUCAUUGUAAUGCAGAGGAAGCUUGGGACUGCUGGGCAGAAACUUGGAGGCUCCGCUGUCCUUUGCCACAUCAAACAUGACCCAUUAGAUCCAGGUGGAUGCUUCACAUUAACCUCAGCAAAUGUGGGAAAGUGCCAAUCCGUUCUCUGCAGGAACGGGAAGCCUCUGCCUUUGUCUAGGUCUUACAUGAUGAGCUGCGAGGAAGAGCUAAGGAGGAUCAAGCAGCACAAGGCCAUUAUUACAGAAGAUGGCAAAGUGAAUGGUGUAACAGACUCAACAAGGAUUUUGGGAUAUACUUUCCUUCACCCAAGUGUUGUUCCACGCCCCCACGUGCAGUCCAUUACUUUGACUCCUCAGGACGAAUUCUUCAUUCUGGGCAGCAAAGGCCUGUGGGACAGUCUCUCCAUCGACGAAGCUGUGGAGGCUGUCAGGAACGUGCCGGAUGCCCUUGGAGCUGCCAAGAAACUUUGCACGUUGGCUCAGAGCUAUGGCUGCAACGAUAGCCUCAGUGCUGUGGUGGUUCAGCUCAAUGUAACUGAGGAUAGCUUCUGCUGCUGUGAGUUAAAUGGGGUCCCUCCCAGCCCGGGCAGCUUCCCCCAGUCCGUCAAUGUAAUAAUCAAAGAUAAGCCUUCUGAUGCUUUGGGGAUGCCUUCAUCAAGCAGUGGCAUGGCCUCUGAGAUCAGCAGCGAGAUCUCCACUUCUGAAAUGAGCAGCGAGGUUGGAUCCACGGCCUCUGAUGAGCCACCUCAGGUAACUAUGAACGAAAACAGCCCCGCUUACCCUAAUGAACAGCGCUGUAUGCUCCACCCAGUUUGCCUCUCCAACUCCUUCCAAAGGCAGCUGUCCAGCGCUACAUUUUCCAGCGCCUUUUCAGACAAUGGCCUUGACAGCGAUGACGAGGAGCCAAUCGAAGGGGUCUUUUCCAAUGGCAGCAGAGUUGAAGUGGAAGUGGACAUCCAUUGUGGUCGGUCCAAGGAGAAGCAGUUGCUGCUGCAGGCCCCGGUGGAAGUCAGCGACGAGGGCAUCGUCAUCGGGGCGAAUGAAGAAGACGCCUGCCUCCUUCGAAAGGCCGACUCUUCUGCCACUGGCACUAUUGGGCGCCGCCGCGGCAAUGGCUCAGUGGCUCCUCAGGAGAGGAGCCACAACCUAAUUGAAGUAGCAGCCGAUGCGCCACUCAGGAAGACGGGGGGCUAUUUUGCCGCUCCAGCUCAGCCAGAUCCAGAUGAUCAGUUCAUCAUCCCACCAGAGCUUGAGGAAGAGGUGAAGGAGAUAAUGAAGCAACAUCAUGAGCAGCAGCAACAGCAGCAGCAGUGA